AUCACUGUAGUAGAUGAUAUACUAACUUCUCAACCUGAGUUGGGGUCACAAAUAAUUGGGAAAGCUCAAGGAGUGUAUGUGGCAAGUUCAGCAGAUGGGUCUAGACAGAUGAUGGCAUUCACAGCACUGUUUGAAGGAGGGGAAUAUGGAGAUAGCUUGAACUUUUAUGGCCUUUACAAGAUUGGAAGCACCAUGUCACAAUUAUCUGUGAUAGGGGGUCCAGGGAAGUUUAAGAAUGCAAAAGGGUUUGCAGAACUGAGAGGUCUUAUCCCACCAGGGGAAAUUUCCACUGAUGGUGCUGAGACAUUGCUGAGGGUCACUGUCCAUCUGAACUACUAAACUGUUAUGUGGAUUUUGUGAAAGAAACUGGGUUCUGUUUAAUUACAGAUGAUUAUGAGAUUGGUCCUGUAUUUUGUCACUUUGAUAAUGUAUUUGAAAUCUUAUUUGAAAACCAUAUGAUGAGUUGUUCUUUUUAUAUUUGGCAACCUGGCAUGAGUUGUUCUUUUUGCUAUUCCUUAAAAGAAUAUGUGAAUCACUUAUCCUUGCCCUUCCUUUUCUUAGAGGGACUGCCCUUGCCCUUGCCCUU